UCCGCGGGCAGAACGUCGGUACCGUCGGCGGUGUCAGGUUACGCUUCUGAGACUCGCUGCUCUGUGUAGUUCGAAGCCCAUUCCAACUCGUCGCUACCGAUCUUUGGUGACCUGCGGAAGAAGAGAAGCGGUGAAGUUGAAGAACCUCGUUCAUCGAAGCUCGCUCGGUGUUGAGUUGCUUCGCACCACUCCCUCAAACACGAAGCCCAUCACGUGUCGCGUUUGGAGUAAGAAGUCAGCCGAGUCGGUUCCUCGCCGUCGAGGCGCACUCGCAGCCCUGGGUCGGCCUUGCCAGCUCGCCACUGUGAAAGAGAUGCCGCACGACGCGCCUGACGACUGCGUCCACCCAGAGACGCCCCGGACUCCAGCGAGCCGAACUCACAGCGAGGAGGAGCUCCCGCACGUAUCCAGCGAGCCGCCCUCGCCCACGGCGCUCAGCUCAGCGCCGGGGGAGCGCUCUCGACCUCGCCCGAUCCUCUGCAAGAGCCACAGCGUGGACGUGGCGCCCCUCUCCAGCUCCGCAGAGAAGAGGAGCGUCUCUUUCCGGUUACCGGACCAUCCGCACGACCACCGCUCGCACGGGAAGAUGGCCGCGCUGGCGCAGAGUCUCAAGAAGCUGACGCUGGCAGCGGCGGCUUCUGAGAAGAGCAAGCCCGAGAAGGCCCCCAAGAGGAUCUUGCGCCAGCCGGUGGUGCACGUGUAUGUGCGCGGAGCGUCCGGUCUGCCCACUCAGAGGGUACCCCUGGCUGCCGUCAACGCCCUGCACAGGCAGCACCUGCGGGCGUCCAUUUCGUGAAUGUAUUGAUCUCUGUUUGCAUGUUGUGUAUAAUGUUCCACGCGUUACACCAGACUUUCGAAAGACACAGUACUGAUCAGUGAUCAUUGAAUGUCUUUGUUAAGCUGACUUAUGUCCGGUUUUCGCUGAUGCAUGGCGUCAGAGCCGAGAGCCUAAAAGACGGCUAGUGUUCACGAUUUAUCUUGUGAUGAAAGCUGAGUGUAAUAAGCUCACAUUUCCAGUUAAUAUGCCACGGUCACCAUUUGUGAAUACUUGUCACUGUAUGCACCACAAUACAUUGUUUGUGCAUGCAUGUUCAUUGGAUACAUCACAACACAUUGUUUGUGAAUAAUAUUUGUGCAUCGAAUGAAUACAUUACAAUACGUA